GAGAUUACUAUUUGAGGUCAAUGUUCACAACUCACGACUAUAAAUUGGCCUGGUGUAUUGGAAAACGACAGUUAGAAGCAGGUGCGUAACUGCCAGUCCAACAAAGAGAAUUCCCCCUUGACCAAAACGGUCGGUGGUGUAGGCUACGUUGUUUGCUAAGUAUUUGAUGCAGAGUUUUUGUUAUUUUUCGCUUCAAAGGAAUGGAGUACGAGUGCUAUUGCACAGAGGACAACAUACAACCAAAUGCUAUUCUUUUUAACAUCCUCAGCCGGACGGAUAAUGAGCCUGUUGACAACAACCUGAACUACACAUUUGCGCCGCGCAGAUGUCACUGUGAGAUGCGAAGGACAGUGUGUUUGAAAACACCCGGCGAGACUUGUAAAACGGCCUCGGACGUGCUAGUCAAAACAAUCAACUUCAUGAAGAGUUUGCCAGCUUUCCAUCAGCUUCCACCAAAGGAUCAACUUGCACUCCUCCGGAGUUGCUGGGCGCCAUUGUUCAUUCUUGGUUUGGCUCAAGAGAGGGUGAGCUUCGAAGUUACAGAUACCCCCGCGGCCAGCAUGCUGAAACGAAUCCUGCUCAACUGUCACGAAAACACAAGCAUGCAGAUGGAGCAGCCCACUCUGGCUGGGGUUAACACGCUCAAGUCCUGCCUGAAGAAAUUCUGGAGUCUCGAUCUGAGUCCAAAGGAGUAUGCUUACCUGAAAGGCACCAUGAUAUUUAAUCCUGAUGUUCCUGACCUGAAAGCCACCCUGUUCAUUGAGGGCUUACAACAGCAGGCCCAGCACGCAUUAAGAGAAGUCCUUCUUCCACUUCAUCCCAACGACAGGGGACGCUUCGCUCGCAUUCUCUUGACGGCCUCCUCUCUGAACGCCAUCACCCCCAGCCUCAUCACAGAACUCUUCUUCAGGCCCGUGAUUGGCCAGACAGACCUUCUAGAACUGUUAACUGAAAUGCUUUUCAGCAAAUAGCUGCUUUGUUUCUUUUCUUUCUUACAAGAGCAUUUUUCAAGAGCGUUUUCCUUUGUAACGAAUGUCUCAAUUUUCUGAGACACAACAAUGAGCACUGUUAUUUUGUGUGCUUUACUUGAAGGCAUGUUGGAUGCACAGACAGGACUUUUUUUUAGUAAAAGAAAGUUGAAUUUGCUUAACCCGUAACAUCUACAAAUCUACAAAUACAUAUUUAAAAUUGUUUACAGUCACCGGACAAACAGGAAUUUUACCAGGUUACAUGUAAACAUUUUACAAGUUACAUGCUUUUUUAUGUUCAACAUUGUCCCACAGAGAUUUUCAUCAAUAUGGAACUUGAACUAGUUAGGAAGACAUUGGUGUUCCAACUGUGCAUGAAGUGUAAAUAGCCUAUGUGAGAUUCCAGUAUCCAAAUUGUUUUGGAAUAAACUAUAUUUUUUUAUU